CUCACCCUUCACCGUUAUCCCCUGUUUACCCGAUGGAGAAACUAGACCUACGGCGGUGACCACAAAAAAACGCCUAUAUACGGGCAUCAUGACCGUCACACGCUGUGGCUAAGGCUAAAAACAACCAUGGAAAGGCUAAGCCUCUACUCGGUGUUCCCCCUUCUGACGCUGCUCCUCCCGUCCGCGAUGAUCGGAUUGCACUGCUCUGAUCCGGCCCCGAUGCCGUGGCCGGAGAGAUUUCACGCGCUUCUGUACAUGAAUCUGACGGCCACCGGUGAGCUAAUGGUGACGGACAUCUGGUACGACUUGCCGCGGGGUCGGAACGUCCACCUGAUGCAAAGGCAGUUGGACGACCUCCUAUACAACGUGGAGUGGGAGAACGGCACGUCCUUCUACUACACACUGGGCUCCACCCGCUACUGCCACCCUAAGCAGUGGGGGAUCGGGCUCCCACGGCCGGACUGGCUGGCCGACUCCACCUACCUCGGCCGCCGGUACACCGACGGGUUCUUGUGCCACGUCUGGACCAAGCUGGACUUUGUGUGGUACUACGAGGACGUGGACACCCGGAGGCCCGUCCGAUGGGACUUCUUCGAUGGAGUAACUAAUUACGUGAUGACAUUCGAGCCAGGUGCAUCGCUUAAUGACUCACAAUUGUGGCAGGCACCAUCCCAUUGUUUCAGCAGCGGCGAAGAUGACGGCAAUGACCAUGGCAACAAACAUGAUGUACAAGGUGCACAUGAAAGCAAUCCAAAGGGACUAGACAUGAAAGCUAUUUUUGAUCUUAACUUUAGGAGACUCAUUUGAUGUUGAGCUUUGAAUCACCAGGAGACUUUGUAUUCAUCAUUUGGUUUCUAAAAAGUGAGAGACAUAUUUGUAACAUUAAGUUUUUAUAUGUUUCUAAAAUUUAGCCAA